GGGCUCGAUGUCAGACACGUUAUCAGAAGGAUGAGGAUAACCUGUGACUGCGAGAAGAGGUAUGAGGAAAGGUUAGGCCUUCGUGUCGAUUGGGGCCCGAUGAGCCCCCGGCCGCCCCUCGUUGGAAACGGACUCGGAGGCGGGCUGGGGGCGGCGGGGCAGCGGGGACGAGCGAAGCGGACCAACUCCCGAUGGCGGCGGCCGGUGGGAUUUUUCGCCCUGCCAAGUUGGCAGUGUCGGCCCAGUUUGAGCAUGAGCCAUUCCACCGCUGAGAUAUCAGGGUCAAAAUGGCGAUCGUGUUUUGCCCACCAGUGGAUAAUGGAACUUCUUUUAAAUUAGUGAAUUUGACAUACGGCGUUUAUUGACGUUUCUAGGCCCAGCCGGACAUCUCGCGGCCCUCCAAUUCCGCCUACGCAGGUCGGAAACCCCGGGCCGUGAGUCUUUCGCCGCCGCUCUCCAUUCUCUGCCACUUAUUUCACAAAUAAAACCAAUACGAUUUUUGGCAAUUUUUUAUUUUUUCGCUCGCAGUGCCAUGGACUCUUUUCUAGUAAGGUGAAAGAGCUUAUGUAUUGAAGAAGUUGUAAAGCGGCCAGGAAAUUGAACGAGUGCGGGCGCGUGACACGGCUGAGUUUGAUUUCCAUUCCAGUGCUGUUUGAAACCAGCACGCGCGAGUGAAAAUGACACACCAAGGCCGAAAUCGCAGCGGAUGAGCGGAGCAGGGUGCCCAGUGGCGGCCUCGUUACGGCUGUGACCUACCAAUGGCUACUUCCGCCCUUGUGUGCAUCAACUUAAAGACUCGGGUGAAGUCCGAGGGAGAGGAUGGAGGCGGAGAAGGACGCGAGAAGGAGCUGGGCGCGCCCAACACUCAGCAGCUUGUCCAGGCCCUCGUCGACAACGGCGUUAUCCAGCUGAACCACAAGGCGACCAUAAGAGUCAUCGACAACUCGAAGCCAGACUCGCAAGACCUCGCUGAUUUCAAGACUCUCAACUUGGGCACGUUCGCCGUCAAACAGUCCCCUGAUACUAGAUCCGGUAUUCUCCUCGAAACGGUUGGCGAUGGUGAAAGCGGGGAACAGAAAGUCGUGAGCCUUGUUCAGAACAGGCCGAUCCUCGUCCAGCGGAACCUGGUCCUCCAGGGUCCCGUUUUGAGCAAGGGGCCCGGCCUGGUCCACCUCGUCCAGGAAAGUCCUCCGCCGCUGACGCCAACUCCACCCAACUCAGGGGCGAUCAACGUUUCUAAAUCAAAGAAAAUCCUUGACAGCGAUUCUAACAAUGGGGAGCCGAUCAAGUUACCAGAAAAUUUGGAAAGCCUUCCGAAGGCCGAACAUUUCCCAACGCAGAGACAUCGUUGGAACACAAACGAGGAGAUCGCUGCUAUUCUUAUCUGUUUCGAGCGGCACCUCGACUGGCAAUCAAAGGAGGUAAAAAUAAGGCCGAAAAGCGGAUCCAUGCUUCUCUAUAGUAGGAAAAAAGUGAGAUACAGAAGAGACGGCUACUGUUGGAAGAAAAGAAAAGACGGCAAAACGACCAGGGAAGACCACAUGAAGCUGAAAGUACAAGGGACUGAGUGUAUUUAUGGUUGUUAUGUCCAUUCUGCCAUCUUACCGACCUUUCACCGUAGAUGUUACUGGCUUCUUCAGAACCCUGAUAUUGUACUGGUUCACUAUUUGAACGUCCCCUAUCCAGAUGAUAACAAAAUCGUAUCGCCAAGCCUCGCUCUUUGUGCCGACAAGAAACAAUGGACCAAAGAAGAAUUGGUGUCCCAACUCAAACCUAUGUUUUACAGCGAAGAAGAACCAGAUGCGAAUAAUGAGUUAGAAAUAUCGACGGCCGAAACAGUAGAGACGAUAGUCUCCCAACUGCUAGCCCGUCAAAGAAGCGCAAGGACGGCUGCAAUCUGCAAGCAGCUGGAAUGCGGCUGCCCCGACUCGACAUGUGCCGACGCGAAGACAUGCAGCCAGCCGAUCAGGCGUAUCACAUCUGCCAAGCCAGAGCCGUCUUCUGACAGCAACCAGGUGUCCUCGACGACCGGAUCGGGGAUGCUUGUCAGCGGGCGGGGAAUGGUCCACGGAGAACGGGCUGUCCCGGUUCACCACAUUCACCCAAACCACCAGAUACCACAUGGUUCUAAUAGUCAAAAUGGAGCAGGCACCCCUUUAGUUUUAAGUCUAUCCCAACUCCAGGCCCCGGGAUCUCUUCUUAUACUGAAUUCCAACCAAUCGACAAGCAAUCAUGUUGCAUCGUUGGUCACGCAAAGGCAUACCCGGAAGGAGAAGCACCAGGACCCUCCCAUGGAGGUAAUAUAUACCCUUGAAAAUAAUCACUGCCAGAUUUCUCAACCGGUCGCAGCACAGAUGCGAGGGCCCAACAUCCAGCAGCAGCAAACGUCGAACACUAACGUAGGUGACAUUGACAAACACAACAGGUUGAAAUACAGAAGAAAACAAGCAAAUAAAACUCAAGUAAAGCCUUAUCUGACUCCGCAGAUGAAAGACAUGGGUGGCUCUGAAUACUAUGAGACGCUAGAUCUCUCCCAGGAGGAUAUUCAGCAAACCCUUUCAGCCAAUAUGCCCUUGUCCUGUACCCAAAAUGACAAUAGAGAUUCAAGAGAGGAAGGGAAUAAACAAAAUGCCGUUCUUCCUGGUUUGGAAAUUGACUUUAUAGAUGUGAACACUUCAAGUCAAGUGGAUGACGAUGUUUUUGUAAAUUUAGAUGCGUUUGACAUGCUGUCAGAAUUUCCAGAUCUGGAAGGCCUGGAUCACAACCACAAUGGAAACAAUCUUGGUGAGCCUGUAGUAAGCGGAAGUGGUGAGAAUGGAGAAGUCAUGGACACUGAAAAGGGUAAUAAUUCCCCUCCAAGGAUGGAUUACAGGGAAGGGACUGCAAAUAUUACCGAUUAUUCACCCGAGUGGGCGUACACAGAGGGAGGAGUUAAAGUCUUAGUAACAGGCCCUUGGUAUUCAACAACAUCGCCUUACACGGUUCUCUUCGAUUCAUGCCCUGUUCCGACUACCCUAGUACAAAGUGGGGUACUUCGAUGUUUCUGCCCAGCUCAUGAGGCUGGAAUGGUGACGUUGCAAGUUGCCUGCGAGGGCUUUGUCAUUUCAAACUCUGCAAUGUUCGAGUAUAAACGGCUUCCACCCAGUGGUAGCGAAAGGGCGACGGAGGUCAGCACGAGGGAAUCUCAACCGCACGAUAGCCUUCUGCGCUUCACACUCAUGCAGCGCCUCGACGCCAUUGACAACCGGCUCGACAUAAAGCAAGAACCUCAGGACAAUACCGAAAACACCACUCUGCUCGGAAAAGGCAACUUUGAAGAGAAACUCAUGAACUUUGUUCAAAAAUUGAGCCAGCGGAAGUGGAAAGAAUCAGAGCUUGUUGAUUCCUCAAUCGAAUGGUGUGAAUCAUACAAAGGAAUGACCUUACUUCACUUAUCCGCGAGUUUAGGCUAUUCCAGGCUGGUCUGCAUGUUAAUCAAAUGGAGGACGGAAAACCCAGCCCCUCUGCUGGAAUUGGAAGUAGAUGGUUUAAAUCAAGACUCAGAUGGCUUUACUCCUUUGAUGAGAGCUUGUGAGAAAGGGCAGAGCGAAAUGUCUCAAUUGCUGUACGAGUGGCUGCCGGCUUCAGCUUCACUUGUCAACACGAAAGGUGACAGCGCACUUGAAGUAGCCAGUAAAAAUGGCCAUACAACGCUUGCACAGGAGCUGCAGAUAAGGCUGGAUAAGUCGAGCCGCUUCCCUAUUGCAAAGCAGUUAGAAGACAAUGAUAAAGAUAUAGAUAGCCUUGAUGGUGUACAUACUUCCCUCGAGUCCCUCAACAGUUCACGAGAUGAUGGAAUCUUCCUACACCCUAGUAGUCUUAAUAGAUCUGAUUAUGGAAUGAACAUGGAACUCCAUGUGAAUAUUCCACAAUGGAAUGAGACCAGGGCAGACCUGAGUAGGAACUCAACCCCCAGUCCAAGUAGCCAAACUAAAAGCUUGCUUAGUGAAAGAUUAGUGAAACGUCCUUCUGUAGACAGCGGGAUUCAGCUUCAAUCGUCAAUCGACAGCCUCCCUUCCAUUCGUGCCAGCAAGCAAAGCAAACAAAACGACAUCCAAAAAAUGUCAAGAUUUGACCGUAGCAUGUCACUGCCAUUAACUUGUCAUUCCAUGGAUUCCGGUUACGACCUAAAUGAAACCUUGCACAGUUCGCCCAUCCGAAGAAUGGAUUUUACUCUUUGUGAGGUGAGGCGAGAAGGUGCCCAGAGCAGCCCCGAGUCCGUCCUGCUCAAUCAGGAAGACCCUCAUCUACAGCAGACAGUCGGUGAACAAGACGUACGUGUAUUGACUCUUGCCGAGCAGAUAAUCGCUGCCAUGCCAGAAAGAAUAAAGAAUGAAAGCGAGGGCGAUAUGAUGAUGAUGAGCUCGGAUGAAAUGGAGGUGAUGUCACUCGAAUCACCGCUCCUUCUGGACGAGCCCCCUUCUUCCACAUCAUCAUGCUGCUUUGAUACAAGCUCAGAAUUCAACUUUGAUCAUAAUUAUAGAUAUUGCGAUGUCGGUACACCAUGUUCAAGCUUGAGCCCUGCCAGCUGCCUUCCAUCACCUCCUUUUCCACUUCACAGGUCACCUUCUCCACCACCGACGACUGCCGACUUUUGUGAAUUCCUCCAAGCUUCAAAUUCCACUUAUUUUGAAAAGGAUUUCUCUAAUCUUACCCUCUCAGACCGAGAGCAGAGGGAACUCUACGAGGCAGCAAAAGUGAUACAGAAAGCUUACCGGAGUUACAAAGGUCGUAAGAAACUUGAACAAGACAAGGAGCGUCAGGCUGCGGUUCUAAUUCAAAAUUAUUAUCGAAGAUAUAAACAGUAUGCCUACUUCAAACAAAUGACACGGGCCGCCAUGGUGAUUCAAAAUGGAUACAGGUCAUACUGUGAAAACAAACGAUUCAAGAAGAACCAAGAAGCUGCAGUGAGGAUCCAAAACUGCUACAGGAACUACAGAGAUCAAACCGAAACUGCUCCAACUGGCUUAAAGCGGACUUACUCUCAAAGACGACAACAUCAAGCAGCCAGGAAGAUUCAGCAGUUCAUGCGCCAGUCCAAAAACAACUUGUGGGAAAUUGAUCCUGGAACGAUAGUUGCAGAGAGAGCGAGCAGAAAAAGAGAGGCAGGUCCUAUGCAAGGGGUCCCCUCAAAAUUAGCCGUGCUUCCUUUUCACAUAACAAAGGAAUUGUCUUUUUCAGCAACCGACACUAAAAUUGAAUUCUCCGUUUCUAGAAAGAAAUUCCACCUAUUCCGAUCAUAUCCAGCAUGUAAUCUGUCUGCAAAUAUGUAUUUGGGUGAAUACCUACUUGUAAGUUACUACUUAUAAAUGCUGAGGCUGUGUAAUUAAAUUAUACUUAAAAUUUUGAAGAAAAAAAAAAAACUUGGAAAAGUUUUGUCAUUUUAUGAGCAUGUGAUUAUGAAUUAGAAUAUAGUUGACAAUGGGUAGAUAUAGUUCAUAACUUUUUUCAGCAACUUUUUUCUAUUUGAAUAGCCUCAAUAUUUAAAUUUGUAAAAUCUUUCUAGCACUCAAAAAAGAAAAGUUAAAAAAAAAUGCAAUUACAUUUUAAAAUAGUUUAAAAAAUAUAUUAUACGAUGCCUUUGCCAGAAAAGAUUUAGGAUUUUGUUUGUAGAAAUUGUUGUUUUCUUGCAAAAUCUUUUAAUAUGCUUCACAGCCUAAACUUUCUAAUUACAAUCUCUUGAUAAAGUUUUUUCUGUUGAUUUUUUUUUUUGUUUUUUUUUUUUGGUUUGUGACAGGCAAAAGUCAGAGGUGGACAAGCAUUGAAGUUUUGAUAAGUUCUAAAAAGUCUAAAAUGAAUAUUAAAAACAAAUAUACAAUUUUUGACAAAUUGUAUUAAUAAACAUAAUUAUUUAUUUUUUUUAAAA